AGUGGGUAGUCACACUACCACGCUUGCCGGAGUCCAAAUAUAAUUUAACACUAGCUACACUACGACGCGCCAAACAUCUAUUCUUUAUAGUGGGUUUAAAUGACAGUUGUCAUGAAUGCCAGAUGAACACUGUAAAUAACUAUCUUUUAUUGACCGAAUUGAAUUUCUGAGAACUGGAGAGUCCGGGCGGCAGGAAUCCUCCAGAUCCACUAUAAUGGAUACACACAGAAACACGAACGUGAGGCGACUCUCGGAAUGAACUACAAUGACACCUUGCGAGGAGUUGGACAAGUGGCCAACGACAAAUCUCAAUACCAGCCCAGCGCGCAAUCCUUGCGGCUCAUCAUUCUGCUAAUUCUCGUCAUGGGGGUGGCCCCAUCCCCGGCACUGACGGCGGGAUGUCCGACCCGCUGCGUGUGCGACGACCAGCUUGUGGUCCAGUGCGCCGGGCAGCACCUUACCGCCUUUCCCACCGACCUCCCUCUGGCCACAAGGCAACUCAUCAUCUCCAACAACCGAAUCAUGGAGUUGCCGCCGCUGCUGCUAAACUACUUGUCGGAUUUGGUGUACUUUGACUGUAGCAACAAUUCCCUGACCGAGAUUUCGGAAUCCACAUUCGGGAACCUGCGGAAGCUUGCUUACCUGGACUUGUCCUUCAACACUUUGAUGCGGAUCGAUGACAGAACGUUCGGGCCGCUGUCAAGCCUCGUGAUGCUUAGAAUGACCGACAAUCCCGGCCUGUCAGACAUUCACCCGGACGCGUUCGGGGAGAACUCGGGGCUGCAGGUGCUGGACGUGAGUAGAAACAACCUGACGGAGCUCAAUAUCAGCUCUCUUAUCGGUCUGGCCACCCUCCGCUCCGUCGGCCUCAGCGGAAACCCUUGGAGCUGCGACUGCAACAACGAAGACCUCUGUCUUUGGGUCCACAUCGAGGGAUUCAAGUUUCAAGACGAGGGUCAGACGGUGUGCGGUGGUCCUCCUGGCCUCCAGGGGGAGCGUCUGGGUGAGCUGGGGCUGCAGCUGCGGUCGCAGUGCCAUCAAGGCCUGGGUUCAUGGGACUACCUGUACUGCAUUGCCAUCGGCUUUGUCAUCUUUGCGGCGGGCACCGUGUCGGCAUGGGCCAUCGGCGUGGUCAUGGUGGUGUAUGAACGCUACGUCAAGAAGAAGAGUGAGCAGAUGAACCCUGAUGAUGAGGUGGAGCAGGAAGCAGGACCUGGAAUGGGGGGCGGGGGUAGUCAACAAGCUAAACCACAUGGGAAUGGGGAUUUGAAAAACCCAGGUCACACGGUGGUGUGACUCCUCCCAUCAACCCAUCCUCCAUACUCAUUGGGCCUUGGAGCAUACUGAACUACAAAACCUGGGAUUUCAUAGGAUGGCAGGAAAACUCCAAAGUAGAACACACUGGGAUUUCUGUAUUUUGACUGAUAAAAGACAGAACACCAUCACCUAACUGUCAUUCAGGUGGUGGGUUGAAUGUUCAGAUACACUGUAAUGAUACCAUUCCGUGGUUGUUUCUGUGUGAGAUUCCCCUGUGCUAUCAAAUCAGUAGAGCCCUCUCUGGGGAAGGAUUUGGCUUUAACCAAGUGUGUCUAUGCUAACUGGCCUCUCAGUUGGGUCAGGUUAACACUGAAUGGGAUCAUUGAUAUAGAGGCCAGGUAAAACACUGGAUGGGAUCAUUGAUAGAGGGGCCAGGUAAAACACUGGAUGGGAUCAUUGAUAGAGGGGCCAGGUAAAACACUGGAUGGGAUCAUUGAUAGAGGGGCCAGGUAAAACAAUGGAUCGGAUCAUUGAUAGAGGGGCCAGGUAAAACACUGGAUCGGAUCAUUGAUAGAGGGGCCAGGUAAAACAAUGGAUCGGAUCAUUGAAUGAGGGGCCAGGUAAAACACUGAAUGGGAUCAUUGAUAGUGGGGCCAGGUAAAACACUGGAUGGGAUCAUUGAUAGAGGGGCCAGGUAAAACACUGGAUGGGAUCAUUGAUAGAGGGGCCAGGUAAACACUGAAUGGGAUCAUUGAUAGUAGGGCCAGGUAAAACACUGAAUGGGAUAAUUGAUAGAGGGGCCAGGUAAACACUGAAUGGGA